UUCUAAGGUUCUUACACUCUCCACAACAAAAUGUUGAAGUCAACAGGAGAAGUGAAAGGGGCACAAACAUUGCCUGUCCGGUUCUUUUCAGUUUUUCCAGCAUCGCGUUCCAAAAUGGCUGUGUUUUAAACAACUAAUCGAUAAAAAAAAUAUUGUGUUAAUCUCUAAUUGAGAUAUUUUCCCCUCCCCCUUUAGAAAAAAAAUCCAAAAAGAAAAAAACUGCAAUGAAUUCAUCAAAUUUUUUAACCAUCUUUUCCCUCUUUGUCGCUAUUCAAAUUCCACUUCAAGUCAACGGUUUUCUACGAAGAUGUUUUGUCUGCAGAUCGAGGGGAGAGUUGGGUACUUGUAAGGAUGAAUUUACCUUUAAUGUUACACAAAUUGAGAAUGUAAGAGGAGUCAAAGCAGAUCCAUGUGCAUCAGGAUGGUGUGCAAAAAUUAUUCAGGGUCGAAGUAUCAAUAGUGAACAUGACGUAGCUACAGAAAGAACUUGCCUCCAAAGAGGUCCAGACGAUGGGGAGGAGAGAUGUGCAUAUACAACAAUGGAUUAUAAAAAAGUUUUUAUUUGCUUCUGCAAAGGUGAUUUGUGUAAUAGUGCGAGUCACACAGUUCCGACGAUAUUAAGUCUCAUCACAUUAAUAACAAUUAUAAAAUGUUUCUUGUGAAAAAUGUCAAAUUUUUUUCUUUUUUUACUUGAAAACUGAAGGACCUCUUUGUUUGCGAAGUUAUAAUUAUUUAAACAUAUCAAAUUUUACAUAGAAAAAAAAAAUUGCAAGAAUCAAGUGAAAAUAUUCUUAUGUAAAUGUGAAUGAAUGACGUUUGAUUGUUACCAUUAAAUAAUAUUUUUAAGAA